CUGGGUCCACAGAAAAUGUUGGUUCUAGCAUCUGUGCCUGCUGCUUCAGUGCUCUCGUAUAGCAACCCAGUGUUGCAUACUGACAGUGACUGAUCAGCUGCAUCAGUGGCACCCGAAGUGCUGAUAUCAAACAAUGGUCAGUUGAUGUGUUGUCUUCGUGCAACGGACUCUCAGGCUGGGAACCUAUCUUACCACGACUGCCGCCAACACAUCCAACAGGAACAUUACAGCCAGCUAGCGAAGUAUGGCAACAUCUCCAUUGGCUGCCGGCUUGGAAUGAAACAUCAGGUGCAGGUGUUAUCGUAGGAUCUGAGGGUCCAGAGGUGGUUGUGAGCAAUUCUGCGAGGCUAAAGCUCGUAUAGAACGCGUAAGUCAAGUAUAUGCCGACACGCAUGGUGAAUGUAUUUUCGUGGUUGAUAAGAAGCCAACG